AUGACUUUCUCCCUGCCGAUCGGAAAAUUGCAACCCGAGUGCCGUAAGUGCACUAUUCGGGGGCUCGGUUGUCCUGGGUUCGACGCAGUUCAAUUGAAUUGGAACCAUGCCAUGGCACGUCGAGGGAACCAGUCUUUAACUCGACCUGGAUUCAGUCCGCAAGAUCGAGAAACGGAAGGCUACAUCGUCAAGCAUGGUACUUCUAUCCUCCAUACAUUUGUUGUGGAGGCCAGUCCGCCGAUCCCUCACCCUCUGACAGAUGAUGGUCUCGGUCGCCGCCAGUCAUCGACGGUCCUGGGUGAAAGACUGAUCAAUCAUUUUAGCCGCCACGUUGUAAGCAUAUUCUCGUGGAUCGACAGUCACAAAAAUCCUUGGAGAAAGAUCGUGCUGCCUCUGGCGCAAGGGUCUAUAAGUGUCCGCCUGUCUAUACUGAACCUCGCUGCUGCUCACUUAGCAGCCACAUCUACUGGUACCAUUGCAUUACGUAUGAAACAGGUCAAUUUUAGCCUAAGAGAUAUUGCCUUACGCAGCCUAAACCAAGAGAUCCAGCGCCAACUAGACUGUCAUGCCGUGAAGCCCCCUGACCAGCUAUGUCUGACUAGAAUUCUCAUUGCUGCGAUUACACUUUGCCAUGCGGAAUUGGUGACUCGCGAUUCGACUGACUGGACUACUCAUCUACAUGCCUGUCGUGCCAUCGUAAGCAGGUAUGGAGUGUGCGCUCGCAACGAGACUCUCGAUCCCAUGACACAAUUUGCGAUCAAAGAGAUCAGGGACGUUGAGGUAUUCAAUAAUGUCUUCUCCUUCUCAGGCAGCAGUAAAGUAGCGACUACAGCAAUCGAGUUCCAGCCAUGGACAUUUACAGACCUGAUUAAUGACAUCACUGCUAUGGAAAGACAUCAUUAUGGGUAUCUCAUUGAAGGCCGACAGCCACCUGAUGUCAACUUCAAUAUCUGGCAAGCAAAGCUAGAGCAGGCCUCCACACAAAUGAGUCUGUCGGAUAUCACAUGUCUCUUGUCCCAGGGGAAGACUACGCGAGAAGGCUUUGAAGCUCUCAUAGACACACAUUAUUACGCGUCGCUUAUCUACCUUCAUCAGGCUUUUGCAUCUCCAACCGCAAUGAUGAAAGCCGUCUCCUCUACCGUACCCAUACUGCUUGAUAGAAUUCAAAAGGUUGUCUUGGCUUCCGGUGAUGCAUUCUCACAGGACCUAUUCUUUCCUCUGUUCAUUGCUGGCACAGAGUGUUGGGGAGAUGAGGAUAAGCAACGAAUAGUUGAACAGAUUCUGCUAAAGCUACUUGUGACGACUGGGUUGUGGUGCAACCACAGGGCACUGGACUUUCUGCGUGCAUUCUGGUCCAGCUCAAAGCAUCAUGGUACCGGGAAAUGGAUACAGUAUGGUCGAGAUUCCAAACAACAGCUGGGCCAUCUUCUUGUGUUCUGA